AUGGACCCCGCCGCCGCCGCCGGGGCUCCGGCGGCCGCUGCGCAGCCACCGCCCCCUCCUCCUCCUCCUUACCUGCCCCCGCGGCUGGUCAUCGACGGCGCCGGAGGCGGCUCGGGCGCCGCCGUGAGGGCCUGCCGGCACCACGCCUACAGCCGCAAGCAGAAGUCCCUCGGCCUCCUCUGCUCCAACUUCGUGGCGCUGUACGACCGGGACGACGUGGAGACGGUGGGGCUGGACGACGCCGCCAGGCGGCUCGGCGUCGAGAGGCGCCGGAUCUACGACAUCGUCAACGUGCUCGAGAGCGUCGGGGUGAGCCUUGUGAGGAGGGCCAAGAAUCGGUACACAUGGAUCGGAUUUGAGGGCGUCCCUGCCGCGCUCAAGGAGCUCAAGGAGAGGACACUGAGAGAGAUGUCUGGAUUAGCUCCGCCACCGGAGGAAUCAUCUGCUGCCAAUGUGUCGGACGAUGAAGACGACGAUGAUAAAUUGGGCGAUGCAGAUGGGGACGCCGACAGCGAGAAGCUUAGCCAGUCCCUCGACAAUGCUUCUGAUAAGCCUGACGUGCCCAUGUGCCCACCUAGAUCUGUAGACCAUAGGAAGGAGAAGUCGCUUGGGCUGCUCACGCAGAAUUUUGUCAAGCUCUUCCUCACCAUGGAGGUUGAGACAGUCUCACUUGACGAGGCUGCAAGGCUGCUCCUUGGAGAGAGACAUGCCGAGAGCAAUAUGAGAACUAAGGUUCGUCGACUGUAUGACAUUGCCAAUGUGCUAUCUUCUUUGAACCUCAUUGAGAAGACACAGCAGGUGGACUCCAGAAAACCUGCAUUCCGGUGGCUCGGUCAGGCAAAGCGAAAGGAAGGUGCCACUGUCACGGUUGCUUUACCACCAUCCAGGAAGAUUAUGUCUAGCAAGAGGGCAUUUGGUACCGACAUCACAAACAUUGACAAUAAGAGGGGCAAGUUAGUCUUGGAAACAGAGAACAAACCCAAACUCAUGCAGGGUGGCAGCAGCAUGUUGAAAACUUUCGAGAGUCAGCUCGGGCAAGGGAAGAGUAGUGGCUUUGUUUAUGGGCCCUUCCACCCUGCUGGUGCAAGGAAACAUGAAGUUGAUGAUCAGACAGUGAGGGAGAAUGAGAUGAAGAACAUUCAAGACUGGGAGAGUCUCGCUGUUUCAUUCCGUCCACAGUACCAAAAUCACGCGCUGAAUGAUCUUUUUGGCCAUUAUGUUGAAGCAUGGAAAUCAUGGUACUUGGAUCUUACACGGGAUUCGACCUCAUGA